AUGGCAAUCAGAUGGCCAUUUCAGGCAUAUUAUUGGCUCAUCCUGACACAUUUUGUCAGAGCCCAGUCUGAGAUCACCAUAAAGAAUGAGGAAACUGUCUAUGCCAUGCCUGGCAGUGAUGUGACUCUUCAUUGUUGCAUUCUGAAACGAGAUGGAAUCCACAUCACACAAACUCAGUGGUCAAAAGUGGAUGCCACCUUCCCAUCCAGGAUAGCUGUAUAUAAUCCUGACUAUGGCAUUAAAUACUUGCAUUUUGCUGAAAUGAAUUACAGCCAUUCUGUAAACUUCAGUCAACAAUGCCACCAUCACCAGCCAGACUUGAACAGAAAUUCCAGUGACAGUCAUUCUACAGCAAACAACACAAAAUGCAACCAAUGGAGUUUACAGCUGAAUAAUGUUAGUCUGGAACAGACAGGACAUUAUGAGUGCAGCUUUGCUACAUAUCCAACUGGAAUAAGAAGCUCAGAAAUAAACCUCAUUAUUAAGAAGCCUGUUGAGAGAAGUUCUGUGGUAAGAGUAUUAUUGAACCAGACGCUGGAAAUUCCAUGCUUUAAAGGCAUGAAUUCUUCAUUCCUGGCUAAUGCUACUUUGAAAUGGCUAAUGAAAGAAACUGGAAAUGAAGAGAUACUUAUAACCAAACAGCCUUUUUACCCUCCUGGGUAUAGAAUCAAUGACACAGUAUAUAAGGAAAGAAUCCAUGUGGGUCCAGAAAACACACUGAGAAUAUCACCUGUCUCCAUUCUUGAUGAUGGCAAGAAAUUUGUCUGUUAUCUCACCUACCAAUCUGGAAUGAAGAGCACCACUGAAGUGAAAGUAUUUGUCAAACCAGAAAUCUCUGCUGUCCUCCACACAAGCAUAAUAGGAAAGGCUACUCUUACUUGUGUAGUAAGAAGGGCAUUUCCCAAGCCGAACCUCUUAUGGUACAUGGAUAGAAAGAUUCUGAAGAACAACUCUAAAGGAACAUUUCUUGAAAAUAAAGAUAUAGAGGAUGUAAAAGGUUUUCAUGAGAUGAGAUCACUGUUGACAAUAUGGGAUACAUUUCAGCCACUCAUUCCUCAGACUUUCAGAUGCAUGGCUGUCUACCUUUUCCCAGGAAAUGAACAGUGGAAUGUUUCCUCCAAAGAAAUACGUCUUCCUUUGAGAAUGGAGGAUUCGACCAUUGUAGCCUCAAAAGCCUCGAUGCAUGCCACCCUGCAUCAGAUCCUGACACUACCAGGAUACAAUCUAUCUACCAAAAGAGUGAUUGACCUGACCUCACAGACUAUAACUAGCUCUUCACCCACUGUCAAGGGUGGAUUUAAUCUUACUGGUGUCACAAUGAAUCCAGGAUCCCGGCAUUUCUCCUGGCCAGCAUUUGUGGCAGCAUUACUUUUCAUCUGCAGUUUCUUAAUGAUUUUGGGAAUCAGAACAUGGUGCCGUUAUCAAAAAGAAAUUAUGAACAGGCCGCCAUCUUUCAAGCCUCCACCUCCUCCAAUCAAGUACAUGUCUAUGCAGGAAUGUGAGGGCGCUUACCCACCCUGCCAGGAACUGGAGAAUCUGUAAUGGGCCUGAAAUGUUCCAACAGAACAAUGGGUUCUUUCAU